GCCACGCGUGAGAUCCGCGGGUAUCACUCCGCCUACAAGAACUUCCGCGCCUACUGGGUCUUCGUAGCCACCUGGGAAGAUGUUGGAUUUUAUGGGGCGCACAAGGAGGGACUGAAAAAGAGAAACACAUUCCAAGCCGUGCUGGUUCUGGACAGCACGGGCACGCUGUCGUUCGUUAUCCUCAACUAUGCCAAGAUCGAGUGGACCACAGGAUCCAACAGCCAGGGCAACCCGACCACCGGCCUCGGCGGGAACCCCGCCCAGAGAAUGUAAUGGACGUGAAGCCACUAGUGAAAAGGCACAGCCUGGAGCGAUGGGUGACCGGGGCGAAAGUGCGAGUGUCCUGGAGCGAUAAGCUGGACUUUAUGGAUGCUGCACGCUACAGGAUUGAGGUCCUGGAGUACAGGAUGACUGGCGAGGUCCCUGGGCUACUGACCGUGUUCUCCCAGGAGUCUCCCCGCAGCAGCAACGGCAAAUACGAGGUGGAAGUGCCCUCAGACUUCCAGGGCCAGGGAGUGGCGGUGGUCAGAGUGACUGCUUUGUCCUCACACUGUGGCGGGCUGGGUCCCUCCAUCUACUCCGACGUUUUCCCCGUUGAGUUCGCCAACUCCACAGACUCUGAAGCCCUUUGUUCCAGCUGGCUGGAGGCAGAGUCACGGUUGCCUCCCCUGAACGCGACGGGUCACUGCCCCUGCACGUUACGACAGGCAGAGGGAGACACAGCUCAGUUCAGCGUGGAUCCCUUCUGUAACGAGGAGUCUGAUUGGCUGGCCAACUGUAGAUAUCGUUCCCCCAAGGCCAGUGAAUGCAUCCUGCCCAACCAAGAAAUGACAUCGUCCAGUCGGUUCAUUUGCUGCUACGACAAAGACACGGGAGAGCUCCUCAACGCCCUCGACGGCUCCGGAGGUGGGACUGAAGAGCGCUACAGCUACCGCACGUCGCCGAGCAGCCAGAUGUCGCCGAGCAGCAUUCCGUACAUGAGUUACAUGUCGCAGGACGUGGCCCCGUACCUCCACUGCUGUGCCUUCUCCUCCAACCAGACACUGUGCGACCAGUACCUUCAGCUACGGAGGCCCGUGGGCUGCCAGGGUUACUCCACUCCCGCCGCCGCUCAAGCGGCGGGUGACCCACAUAUCGUAUCGCUUGACGGGCUCGGCUACACCUUCAACGGGGUUGGAGAGUUCUACUUACUCAGGGUCAAGGACACGGAGGCUGUGGUCCAGGUGCGGGCAUCCCCGGCGGAGGACGAGGAGGGCCGAGUCCAGAACGCGACCGUCUUUUCGGCGGCGUGCAUGUGCGCGGGCAACGAAUCGGACGUCCUGGAGAUUCAGCUGGACGCGCAGGAGGCAGGCGGCUACUCCGUCUUGGUCAACUCAGAGCCGUUGGAUCUCACCUCUUCUACUACCUCAAUUUUUUCCGACAUGUCUUUGUACAUAAACAGCAGCAGCAGCAGCAACAACACGGAGCUGACGGUUGUCAUGGACACAGUGGGUGUGUCUGUCCUGGUGGAGGUGACCCCUGACCUCCUCAACAUCAUGGUGAUUGCAGGCAGCCAGCUCAAAGGCCAACUGGAGGGUCUCCUGGGUAACUAUGACGGUGACAGCAGCAACGACUUGAUGGGCUUUGACGGGACGCUACUUGACCCAUCAGCCAGUAUGCGAGCCAUACACUACGGUUUUGGCAUGACGUGGGAGGUAAACGCCAACGACAGCCUGUUCACAGUAAUGGCUGCAUCAGUGUUUGACAACACGUUAGAGUUCCUAGCAGACGAUGAUGCAGCCUCGUCUACGGCCUACACGCCCAUCUUCCCUGAUGAGAUCAUGCAGCGAGGGCUUCGCAACGACACGAAGGAGAUCUGUGGUGAAAACGUGCAGUGUAUCUUUGACUAUGAGGUUACGGGCAAGGAAACCAUCGCCAAGUCAACCUUGAAGUUCAACGAGAAGUUUGAGGCCAGGAAAGAAGAGCUUCAGCCAGUUGUAAGGUGUCCCUACGUGCUGGCCAUUGCCAACGGCAACCGUACCUUACAUGGCACCAAAGUGGGCGACAACGUCACGUUCGAGUGCUACCCAGGAUUCCAGCUAAUCAGUGGGGAGGCGGUCAUUGAGUGUCAGAGCAAUGGGGAGUGGAAUGGUUUUCCUCCUGAUUGUGUCAAAGCCCCAGCAAAGAAGGAGGAGGACCUCCCGCUCUUGUACGUUGCCAUCGGCGCCGCGGCUGGAGGGUUUGUGGUGCUGGUGGUCAUCGUGCUGCUGUCCCGAGCGGCCUGCAAGAGGUGCUCGCACAAGACUAAGUUUGAAGCAGGCUCGGAAUUCGAUCACCAGAUUGAGCUUCCCAGCAUAUUCCCCAUCUCUGACAUUCCAAGCCCAGUUUUUGAGAACCCCGUUUUCAUGUCCAGCCUGCAGAAACUUAGUGAGAAAGGAACUUUCCAUAUUCCCCGGCCGACGUACGUGGAUCCCAAUAUCUACACAGAGUACUUCUAGGCUAGUUGUGAAGACGCAGUGAAUACUGUUCAUCUCAACCUAGUCUUACCUGAGCAACAGCAUGGAGAGGAGGUUCGCGUCUGUAGUCAGAUGUUGCUGCCCCGUUAUUGGAGAACCUGUCCCAAGAGCAGUCAUGUCUGCCACUCUGAGAAGCUCUGUUGCAAAGUCUGACAGAAAGAGUCAGCCUUGUCUUACGUUUUGGAAAUUAUUGUUGCAAAAUCUUGAAAAGUAGCCACACUGCAAUGUCAGUGCAACUUGAGUACAGGAAGUUUAGAGGUGCCAGCAGUUCUGAGUACUUAGAAUCUGCAUCGACUUUCUGUUCUUAGGAUGCUACGCCGAACGCUCAUCAUCUGUGACUUGCUGCAGUGAUCGUCCUGUUGCUUGAAGAAGUGAUCGUGUUGACUUGCUGCGGUGAUCGUGUUGACUUGCUGCGGUGAUCGUGUGGCUUGCUGCAGUGAUUGUGGUGGCUUGCUGCAGUGAUUGUGGUGGCUUGCAGCAGCGGUCGUCGUAUGGCUUACGGCUGUGAUCAUGUGGCUUGCACUGCAGUGACCUCUGCCUCAAGAGUACCUGAGAGAUUUGAAGAACUGUGUGGUGUGACAUCAUGGCCGCUACCCCAAGCACGCGGAGCUAGCGUAGAGAGCUCUCGUGCCACACACUUUAUCUAUAUCAUGAAAUAUAUCACCUCGCACAUUAUGUGCACCAAAAAAUGGGGUUGAGGGAAAAAAACAGAAAAAAACCUGACUGGUUGCCAGCAGCACCUACAGUCUUAAGGGAUGUCUUUAUCACCCCAAGCUCUUCUCAUGCCUGAUGGUCUUCCUUUUCCCCCCCCCCCCUUCCCCCUACAGUGAGGAAAACAAAAUGGAGGACUGUUCAUCUGGCUUUGUAUCCCAGCACCUAGUAGACCCUGGACUUCUUCUUAAGAACAAGUUUUUAAUUUUAUUGAUUGAACCUCUCACACCUGGACUGUGAAAAGGAUUUAACUUCAUUUCUGAAUGUGCUUAACAAUAAGCAUUUGACUGGAUUUUUUCCUAGAAAGCCGUAAAUUUGUGGAGGAUGUCUUUGUCUCCCUCAUGUGCGACCGUGAAGCAGACUUGCUAGACUUGUUACUACUUGACACCUCCAGGGAUGUUUAAAGUAGUAUCAGUCAUGAUUUUACGUUGCUGUUUACAGCAUAACAUGUUGCACAAGAACUCUUUUCUCACAGAGUCAAAUUAUGGCAGAGCAUUUAGUGGAUACUUUUAUCUUGGAUCAUGAAUGGAAGUGGAAUACAAAAUUUCUAUGACCCUGAUACACCAGUCAGGGAAUAUUUUCGUUUUUAUGUGUGUUUUGAGUUUUGUGGCCACCAGUUGGAAGUUGGAAGCUGAAGUCUGUAAGAUAAUGAGUCGGAACAUUUUAGUUUUGUGUCAGCUUUUGCGGAGAAUUGUAGUCAUAGAUUCCUGAGCAUUUGUUGUGUAUUUCUGGGCCCUGACUGUCUGAUACAAGAAUGGUUGAGUAGUAGUGUGGAUGAAAUGAAAGCAGUGUGGCUGCAUCUACCUAUUUAAAAGUGUAAACCACCUUAGAAUUAUACGCUGCUUGCAGAUAAAUGCCACUUCAUGCAGUUGAAAUGUUGCUCGAGUCUACAGCUGGCAUUUACUUUGAAUGGAUGUUUUAUUGAGAAAGAUUUGCUACUCAUUGAAAACUGUUCAUCUGAUUCAGUCGCACACAGCUGUAUGCCAUAAGUUUGCCAGGGCCUUUAUUGUUGGUCAUGCUGUGCACCCUGUACAAUCUGACUAGGUCUCUGCCAUUAAUUUCUGAAAAUCUGCCUUUAAAUAUAUUAUAUAUAUAAUAUAUAUAUUAUGUUUGUGAGUCUAUUCAGCCUGUGCAAAGUUUUUGAUGCCAUGUCUUUGUAAAGUAGUUGUACAUGUUUUCUAGUCAUCCAACUGCAUUCAAUUUCAUCUGAUUCAUGUUUUUGAGAUAGCUCAUUUGUGCCUUCAUUGUAUUUCGAGUUUUUAAUUACAUACUUAAUUGUUCUGUGAAAUUCUCCUAGUAGUCUUAAACUCAGUGAAAGGAUGAUUUACAUAAUUUAUUCCUGAUAUGUUACCAUUUCCCCCUUGUUAAACGCCUUUCAUGCUGGUUGUUUAUUGCUGAACCUUUUGAUUUUGUUUGUUUUGUAAAUAUGCCAAAUGUGAAUAUACUUGAGUUGUACUUGUCAUGUCUUCUGUAUCAAACCGCUGAGACAUGCAGUUCAUGUUCUGUCUUAUUACAAUCUACAAUCUUUAUCUUUGCCAGAACGUGAAUCUUUCUCGUUCUACUCCUACUGACUGUUUAAACAGAAGGCUCGAGGGAACUGUACGAGUGGUUUGAGAGAAAGGUACAGUGAUGAUGCUAAUGUAAGACCUCAUUCACGCUUCUUGUCCUUUCAUUUGGACCUGAAAAUUAAAUAUUCUGAGUCAGUUUAUUCAUUGUCUAAAACAUAACAUGAGCUAAUGGGUGAGUCGGGUUUGAUCAUGCUACUGUUGAGCAUCGGUACGCAUAAAUACAGACAUUAUUGUUCCUCGGAAUUGAUUUUUUUUCCUGAAACAGCAGCCGAGGGUCAAGGAAAAGAUAUUUACUAGCGCAGAGUGAUUACUUUACUUCUGUUUGGUUCUUGAAGUCAAGGAGACUUCUUUUGCUUUGGCUAAGUUAUUGGAUUAGUUCUUUUAUUCACUUUUGUUUGAAUCAGCAGCAUUGUGAAUGAAAGUGGAGUCAUGUCAGGAUGAUAGUCGACCAUCAGUGAAACAUUUGGCCUAAUCUAACCUUGGCCUUUGGAAGUGCUUAGCGUUUGGCAUAGAUGAUGACACAUAUGUGGUGUUAGGGAAUUUACAUACAAGACAAAAAUGUAAAUAUGUACCGGUAGUUUAUGUCGUGUAGAAUCACAUCAGAUAUACUGCAUAACUUUUAACUGGUUUGUGAGUGAUGUCUACUCAAAAUAAGACAUAAAUAUCAGUCAUGUCUUCCUGGUUUAAAAGGGAGAAAGCAGCUGUUUUUUGUUUUUUUAGUGAGCAGACGGUUACUGAAUCAUGCUGAAGUUUUCAUGAUUUUUAUUAGUCUAAAUAUUUAAAAAAUCUCGUGUAAACUCAAGUCACUGUUUCAAAAAAUUGCAUCUCUGAAGGCAAGAACAUGUGGCUUGAUCAGCUCAGAAUAAUGGAAUAGCUUUCUUCAUGGUGCUGGUCAGCAGAGGGCAAGCUACAUUUAUGCUCUGUUAUUUUUUCCCACAGUAAAAUCAUAAGGAUACUGUGCACACCUUGGAUGGAACAGAAGGGUUGAAAAAAUACUAAUACAGUAUUGUGUUCUUAUUUCUCAACACGAAGCAAAUGUUGAAAGAACUCUGAUGUACUUUUCAUUUCCUGUGUUGUUUCUCAUAAUGUUUUUGUUAGGAAAUUUGUUUUAUAAUCGGCCCUUUCACUCCUCUCCAGUUCCUGCUUUCUGUCCUUGUUUACGAAUGUCACAGUACAAUAAGGUCAUGGUCACAGGAACCAUGUUUCAUAGGACAGCCGAUUCCUGACUUUCUUUGAAGAGAGCUGCUUCAUUAAUUUUUCAAAUUUUAUUUGGGCGAAGGAAAAAGAUGAGGGAAAAAACUGAAGGGAGCUAGAAUGAAGAAACUGUUUGGGUCUUUUGAAAUCAAAAUGAUAUUAAUAAAGGAAGAGAAAUGGAAAUGUUACUCUGAACAAAUACCAAGUUCUAGCUGAGAAAAAGCUGGAGACAAAAAAAUAAAUUUAUGUGGUGUAAAUAUAAAUAAACUGGGCACUGAGAGGUCUAAAGAAUUUUCCGAGAUGCCCUCUAUGAUAUAUUAACGUUCUACACUAUACAGGAGCCAAGAGUGUGUAAUAACCUGUGAUUAUUUAAAAGGGAUAACAUUUAUAGAAAAACUGAGAAGAUAGAGGCAGAAGUUAACAAAGUGCUUUAAGUUUAUUUCUGUAUGCAGAAGAUAGAGGCAGAAGUUAACAAAGUGCUUUAAGUUUAUUUCUGUAUGCUUUGUUGUAUUUUUUUGUCUCCAUGCAUUUUUUGUGUCUUGCAAGGCACUGUCUGGUUUGUAUUCUCAGUUUUGUUUCUUUCACUUUUCUAGUCAGUUUCACUGUUGCCAUCUUAUUCAUAACUUUUGUUUUAAUGUAGCUUUGUGGUUUGUUUUGUUUGUUGUUUUUUUUAAUAGUUUUUCUUUCAGUCAGUUUGUAUUGUAGAUUUAUAAUACUUAGUGAUAGUCAGUAUCAAUUUAUUUGACUUGAAGUCAGUUUUUCUGGUCUUUUCACUGUCGCCAUGCAUUGUUCACAGUUCUGUUUUUACUGGUUAUUAAUAGUAAUCAUGUUUGAACUACUUUAACCUUAUUUACAUGCAUAUCCCACCUAUGAUGCUUUAUAACCUUUUGUAGCCAUACUGAUUUCUUUUUCCAACACCAUAACAUACGCAUCUUUCCUCCGCAUUCUGUCGGUCCUUCAGGCUGUUUUGUUUUUCACACUGUUUUGCCAGCUUUCUUUUCCUUCUCAGUUGCCUGUACUACAACCAGUCAAAAGAGCUGACACUUAAUUGUUUACCGUGUGUGAUAGAAUCAAAUGUCCUGGAGCUUUCUGUGAGAAUCUACAUGUGCAAUACGGUGCUUUCUAGUGGAGAUAUAGCAGGACUUUGUCAGGUCUGACUAUUUGCUUUGAUUUUUGUGGGAACUUAUGAAUGGAAUUACAAGAGUGAAUGCGUUUAUGUGAAUUUGUGGGGAGUUUCAUUUGAUCAGUAGCUGAUGGUGUGUGAGUGUGAUUAUCUAGAUCUAUAUUUAUGGCUUUGUUUUGUUCCCCCCCCCCAAAUCACUUUUUUUAUAGAGGUUAGGAUUGCACACUGUCACUGUUCAAUAAUUAUGAGUUCUUUGCAAAGAGCCAAUCAGAGGAAGUUAAUACUUAUUUAACCCUUUCUUGUUUACAUUCUUUGCUUUAAAAAAAAGGCUACCCAUUUGUUCAACAUCUUGUGCACUUGACAACUUUUUCAUGAUCAAAAUUGUUUCGCUUUUGAUGAGAGUGAAAAUAAAUUGGUAAUUGCUGGCGGGGGAGUCUCACACCCUUUCCUCCUCAGAAAUAAAAUCAAGGUUACAGCUUAAUGCCUGUGAUCUAUUAUAAUUAUAGUAUUGCUGAGCUUACGAUACAGGAUAUUCUGAUGGAGAAAUAUGUUCUGUGUCAAGCUGAUUUUGGCCAGGUUGAACACUAGUGAUGCAUUUUUCAUUGGGUGGUUUCGUAUGGGUAGAACUUGAAAGGGUUGAUGCAAAUUUGUAUAUAUUUUUUUCCCCAACUGGGUAUUUUGAAGCUGAACAUAGCCUAUUGAAAUUCUUUGGAUUAUAGUGUGCAUUUGGGCAAAUAUCAUGUGAUGUUUCGAAAUCAUCUUUGUAAAACAAUAGAGGUGGGGUAGGGGUAAUGUUAAAGUUGUACUAGUGCUCUUUGUUUUUGUUUUUUUGUUCUCUUCCUUCGCUACAAGAGUUUUUUUGUCUAGUAGUUUGGGACUAACGCAAUGGCUGAAAAACCGUUUCCCCUUGUAAAAAGUUUCAGUAGAAUGCUUACAGGUGAAAAAAAAAA